UCAACCAAUCCCUCAAAAUGGAGAGCUCUGGUAGUAAAACUGUUCUCACAAAGCCUAUUCUUCUUAAAGCUGGCAUCCCUUUGGCUCUUUCUUUGGGUGGUUUGAUCUACACUAUGAUCACAACAAGAAGAACACCGCCUCCUGAAGUUCCACCUGCUGAAACCCAAGUAGAUGAUCUGCCUGAAACUGAUUAUCAUGAAGAAUUUCCAGAUAGAGAGAGCUUCCACAGCCUUGAUUCAUAUUCUCUACCAUCUAAAGAAGAAGCAGAGCAAAUCUCAUAUAACCAAGUCACAAAUUCAUUGGAAAGUUUGCUAAUUCGCGAUGGACAUGAUCUAGAAGAGGAGCUUUUUAGCAUAAGGAGGUGGCUCAUAGCUCUUGAAGACAAAGAAAGGGAGCUUGAGAUGCAGUUUUUUCAUUACUGUAGUUUGAAAGAGCAAGAAUCAAUUAUAAUGGAGCUUCGGAACGCAUUGACAUCGGAGAUUUCUCGUCUUGAAUUAUUAGCUCUGGAGGCUAAGCUUAUUGAGGCUGAGAAUCAGAGACUUGAAGCUGUGGUGGUUGAAAACCAGAGAAUUGUAGAGCAACUCAAGUCUGCAAGAGUGGAGAAUGGGUUACUUCAGAGGAAGGUAAAGAAGCUUUUGAGAAAUACUAGAGCGCAUUCUCGUGUUCUUAGGCAACAAGCUUCUGCUCUGCAGUCUACAGAUGAUGAGAUAUUGAGAAAUGAGAAAGAAUUGGAAAGGAGUUCACAAGUAAUUAAGGAAUUAGAGGAGGAAAUUAUGGAGCUGAGAAGAAUUCUGGAUCAAUUGAAGGAGGAGAAAAAAGAACUAGUGGAGAAACUAGAACUGGCAGAAUCAUUGGCUUCUUCAACCUCGAAGGAAAAGAUGCAAGAGACAGAAAAUGGAGACCAUGAUCAACUAUUAACAAAGCUAGAACAACUCCAGAAGGAUCGUGCUGCAGAAGUCGAGGAACUGAUUUACUUACGAUGGAUCAAUGCGUGCUUGAGACAUGAGCUAUUUAGGAAUCAACAGCAACAAAGAACCCACCAUGAGGAGGAGGGGGAGGAGGUGGUGGAGGUGGUGGAGGAGGAGAAGGCAUUAAUAUUGGAAUUAGAAGCAAAUGAAGAGAAGAAAGAUUGUGGGCUUGAGUAUGACACAGAUGGUUCAUCAACAACAGUUUCAAAGCAUCAAGAAUCUUGCUUGGGUAUAACAAGAGGUAGUGAUCAUCCUUUUUCCAAAAGGCAGAGGUUGCUUCGCAAGCUGAAGAGAUGGGUAGAAGGGAGUGAGAAAUGCAAGAAAUUAUGGGAUGAGGACAAACAUCUUCAACAUAAUGAAGGUACAAGUAUUAGGAGGCAGUCUGGUUCAUAUGGGGCAAUAGAACAACAUCAGGCUGCAAGGAAGUCAUGUUCUAGUGUAUAACCCCAAUGUCCUAACAAGCAUUUUCCACUUAUUUAUAUGGAAAAUCCUUGAUAUUCUUUAUGUUGUGGUUCUGGAUUUAUACUUGUGUAACUUAAAUUGAACCUCAUAAUCCAGUUGACCACAUAUGUACCU